AUGGGAAAUUCAACAGACACUGAUUCUUGCACUUUAAACACUUGUCCCAUCACCGAAGCCUAUGUCUACUAUAUUCCAUCACUGGCAGGAAAUGCCUUUUACCUGGCACUUUUUGCUAUCUUCUUGGUAGCCCAACUGGGAUUGGGAAUUAGAUACAAGACCUGGGGCUUCUUAGCCGGCUUAUUCGGCGGCCUGGUGCUCGAAAUCAUCGGAUAUUUGGGAAGAGUACAAUUGCACAACAACCCAUUCGUCUUCAGCUCAUAUCUAGAAUAUCUGAUCUGCCUCACCAUUGGGCCGGCCUUCUUCAGCGCAUCAAUUUACAUUUGCCUUGGACGAAUCGUGAUAGUCUAUGGCGAGCAGAUAUCGCUCCUUCGACCUCGCACAUACACCAUGCUCUUCGUCUUUUGCGACCUAGUUUCGCUAAUCUGUCAAGCCGCGGGUGGUGCUAUCACAUCAAUCGCUGACGCUGAUCAGCAAGAUCUAGCGCAAACUGGCGUUAAUAUCAUGAUCGCUGGUUUAGCAAUCCAGGUGGUUUCCCUCGUGCUCUUUAUGGCUCUUUGUCUCCAAUAUGCAUGGAGUGUGCACAAAAACCCCGACGCUCUUAAUAACGCAUCAAAUAUGCGUGAACUUCGAAACCGCUUUAGAUGGAAAGCCUUCCUUGCUGGCCUGACCUUGGCGACUAUUACAAUUUUUGUAAGGUCUGUAUUCCGAGUCGCUGAGUUGAAUGGCGGAUUCCACAGCUCGCUGGCGAAUAACCAAGUUCUCUUCAUGAUCUUGGAGGGAGCCAUGAUCGUAAUCGCCAUUCUAUGCUUGACAGUUCUACAUCCGGGCGUCUGCUUUAGUGGUCAGUGGAAUCAAACUAAGUGGAGUUAUUUGGCAGGCGACGAUCGUAAGGAGAAUACUUAUGCCUUACAAAGCUGGCAACGGAACACAUUGACCACUUCUUUGGACAAUAUUAAAUGA